GAGGGGGUAGUAUAUGAUAUAGACACGCAAGACAAUCCACGCUCAAAACCCUAGCUAGCUCUCUCUUCCUCUUCUGAGCCUCCUUCUCAGUGUUCACAGUGCACCAACACCAACAGAGGAGGAAGAUCAGGUUGGAAGUUAGCACAAGCACAAAAUGCAGUCCAAAGAAGCCCCUACUUCCAUGGAUGUUGAAGCAGUUCCAUCUGAACCAAAGGCUGAAUUUGGGUCUUUGCCAAUGAAGCCAAAGUUUAAGCCUUUGAGUGCUCAUGAGAUGUCUGAUGGUCAAGUUCAGUUUAGAAAGGUCAACGUGCCACCACACAGGUUCUCACCUCUCAAGAAAGCAUGGAUGGAAAUCUACACUCCGGUAUAUGAGCAAAUGAAGAUUGACAUUCGAAUGAAUCUCAAAGCUCGAAGAGUUGAGUUGAAGACCAGAACUGACACACCAGACAUUAGUAACCUACAGAAGUGUGCAGAUUUUGUGCAUGCAUUCAUGUUGGGUUUUGAUGUCAUUGAUGCCAUUGCACUUUUGCGUUUGGAUGAGCUCUAUGUUGAAUCUUUUGAGAUCAAGGAUGUUAAAACCCUUCGAGGAGAACAUUUGUCUCGAGCCAUAGGAAGACUAUCUGGUAAAGGUGGUAAAACGAAGUUUGCAAUUGAAAACGCUACGAAGACAAGGAUUGUGAUUGCUGAUUCCAAGAUUCACAUGUUAGGUUCCUAUAAAAACAUCAGAGUUGCAAGGGAUUCUCUUUGCAACCUUAUUUUAGGGUCCCCAGCUGGAAAAGUAUAUUCAAAACUGAGAGCAGUAUCUGCAAGAUUGGCAGAAAGUUUAUGAAAGAGUUGUUUUCUCAUGCUUGUGAUACUUGGAAAGUCUUUCCUGAGACAUGGACAUUUUAUAGUUCAUUAUUAGCUCAACUAUGCUGAGUGUGAUUGUAAUUUGGUAUCAAUUUUGACCUUUUUGUCAACUUCCAGUAGUCUACCAUUAUGAGAAUUACAUUCCCUACUAGACUUGUUUUUUUCCCUAAGGUUAUAGUCUCUUUCUCUUUUCUUUUCUUUUUCUUUUUUUUCUUUUUUUUUUUUUCUUUUUUUUUCCUAUUUGCUACUAUUUGUAUUUGCCAUGAUUUGCUGGUGGAUAAUACCAUGUAACCGCAUCUCAAAAUUUCUUAAAACAUGCAAGCAGUUUUAAUUCCAUUGAA